AUGGAUCUGCCAUUCCCCACCGACGUCCGAGAAUUCGACGGCGACGACCGGAUAUCGUUUUCACGCCUCGACAACAAGUUCAUCGCCGUUCACGACGACGGCACCGAGUUCGAGUUUGAUACGGAUCUGAAGCGAUGGGUGCCCGCGGAGGAGGAAUCCCCAGACCACGGGCAGCACGGCCACGCACAGGAACAGGACUCGUCGACGCGAGCAUCACAAGCCGGCACGAGGAAGAGGGGGCUCGAGGCGGACAACGGGUCCAAGGGAAGCAGCCAGACACCACCGUCACGCCCGAACAAGAAGCAAAAAGCGCCCCCGCGGCCGCGCGAGAAUACGGCCGUCUACGUGACGGGCUUGCCGCUUGACGCAACCGUGUCCGAAGUCCACGAUUUGUUCUCGCGCAAGGCAGGCGUCAUUGCUGAGGAGAUUGACAGCGGCGCGCCCAGGAUCAAGUUGUACUCGGACGAGUCGGGCAACUUCAAGGGCGACGCAUUGAUCGUCUUCUUCAAACCGCAAAGCGUAGAAAUGGCAAUCAUGCUGCUGGACGACACGGAUUUCCGCGUGACCGCCACGGGGACGCGAGAGGGCAGAAUGCGCGUCCAGGCCGCGGAUUCAAGUUACAAAAAAGUCCGAUACGAAGAGGACGGAACGCCAGGCGGCGGCAACAACAACAACAACAACGGCAGCGGGCAGGAAGACAAGCGGCCGCCGAGAAGCGAUCGCGACCGCCAAAAGAUUAUCAAGAAGACGCAAAAACUGGACGCAAAGCUGGCAGACUGGGACGACGACGACGACGCUUACCCGGCCACGGCGCAGUCCAGUUCAAAGAGGGACAAGACGGUUAUCCUGCGCCGCAUGUUUACGCUCGAGGAGUUGGACGAGGACCCGGCUGCCUUGUUGGAGAUUAAGGAGGAUAUCCGAGAUGAGUGUGCCAAGUUGGGCACGGUGACGAGUGUCGUCCUGUAUGACCAGGAAGUGGAUGGUGUUGUCUCCGUGAGGUUCAAGGAUGCAGAUUCGGCCGCGGCGUGUAUCAGGCUCAUGCAUGGGAGGAGCUUUGAUGGGCGCGUGGUGGAGGCGUCCCUCAAGACGGGCAGGGAGAAAUUCAAAAAGUCUGACACGGACACGAGCCAGGACCGCGAUUCGGAUUAG